GCGGGCAUGUGUGUCUCUCGCUGCUGCUGUGCAUCUAGAUAGAGACCGGCGUUCGGAGGCUGGUCGCCUUUCCAUAUCAUGGCGGAGAGGACCGAGCAGCGCAUCGAGGACCGGAUCCCCGAGCUAGAGGAGCUGGGGAGGGUCGGGCUUCUCACCAGCAAAGAGAUCAGGGCAGUUAUUAAGAAGACCUUAGCCCUUGAAUAUAAAAUACAACGGAGAGCACUGCAUAAGGAACAUUUUAUCAGUUACAUUCAGUAUGAAAUCAAUCUAUUGGAAUUGAUUAAGAAAAGAAGAGCGCGCACUGGCUACUCGUUCAAGAAGGAUGAGAUUGAGUACUCCAUUCUGCAGAGAAUACAUGGUGUCUUCAAACGCGCCACAACAAAAUGGAGUGAUGAUCUUCAGCUGUGGUUGUCUCAUGUUGCCUUUUGCAAGAAAUGGAACAGGAAAAUACAGCUGAGCAAGGUGUUUUCAGCCAUGUUAGCUCUUCAUCCCAACAAACCAGCUCUCUGGAUCAUGGCUGCAAAAUGGGAAAUGGAGGACCGCCUGUCAUCUGAAAGUGCCCGGCAGUUGUUCCUUCGUGCGUUGCGUUUCCAUCCAGAAUGUCCCAAACUGUAUCAAGAGUAUUUCAGGAUGGAGCUCAUGAAUGCUGAAAAGCAAAGGAAAGAAAAGAAAGAAUUUGAGCAAGCAAAGAUGGACCUGGGUGAAUUCAGCUACUCUGAGGAAAUGCUUAAUGGUGCAAUGGCUCGAGUUGUCUACAGAAAUGCUGUUCAAAAAAUCAAAGGUGCAGAGUUUCUUCUGUCACUGCUGUCAAUUGCAAAACUUUUUGAUUUUACACAAGACCUUCAAAAGGAAAUUCUGGAAAACCUGCAGGCAGAAUACGCCAACGAUCCUCUUAUGUGGGACUACAUAGCACGGCAGGAGCUGGAGAAGGACUCGUUGCCCACAUCAGAACAUCGGUCCAAACAGUCAAAAGCGCUGGAAGCAGCCCUAAAAGAAGAACGGUGUUGCAUGGUGUUUGAGGAAGCAGUCGCCUCCCUUCCCACAGCGGACAUGUGGGAACGUUACGUCGCUUUUUGCUUGGACAGAUUUAACCGGAAGACAAACAGCGAAGAGUUAAAGCAGAAGAGGUUGGAAAGGAUAUUAAGUGUUUACAGUCGAGCUCAUGAAUUACAGUUGCUGCCAGCUUCUCUCUAUCAGCAGUGGCUCCAGCUCUUACUGGGGCUCGACCUCCGAGAAAAGGCUGAAGAGGUGGCAGCAGCGGCAACGAGGCGAUUCAGCCGCUCGGUAGAAAUGUGGGAAAUGAGGCUGAAGUUGCUACUCCAGCUGAAGACGGAUGGUGUAGGCCCUUGUUUCCAGGAAGCGUUUAGAGAAGUUAAGGCGAAGGACAGCUUGCCGUUAUGGAUUCUAUGUACAGAAUGGAGCGGGAAAGUCAAUAGUACUCCUGAAACGGAAGCACUCUAUCAGAGAUCUUUGCUUGCCACGCUGCCUGCUGACUCAGUAACCAUGAAGGAAAAGUAUAUCGAAUGGGCGUACAGGGCCGGUGGCUAUAAGAAAGCUAAGAAAGUCUUUACCAGUUUGCAUGAAAGCCGUCCGUUCUCCCUGGAGUUCUUCAAGAAGAUGAUUCAGAUUGAAAAGGAGCAAGAAUCCUGUAAAAUGUCCAAUAUCCGAGAAUAUUAUGAACGUGCCUUGAGAGAAUUUGGUGCCACAGACCCCGAUCUUUGGCUGGAUUAUAUCAGAGAGGAACUGACUCACUCCCAAGGCAAACCUGAGAACUGCGGCAGCAUUCACUGGAGGGCGAUGAAAACGUUGCAAGGAGAACAAGUGGAAACUUUUAUUUCAAAGUACACAUUGCUGCAAACUGGACACCUGUGAGAAAUAUAAUCGUAGAUGUGUCUUAUCUUAAGAGCUAAACCUACUUUAAACUUUGUGUGUAAAUUUUUAACCCAAAGGCAAAUAAAUAUAUAUAUAUA